AUGUGGAAGCACUUCGAUUCUUCAUCAACAUCCUGGCAAUCAGAAGUUUCCGCAACAGUAUUUGUCAUUGAUGACCCACUCAUCACGGUGACCCUGCAGCAAGGCGUGGCACCCCAGUUGUUCGCACUACUCAGCACUGUUGGUGGGUACAUAUCGCUGACGAGUCUGAUCUUUACAACCAUUUUUGUUAAGAAAUAUCCAAACAGUGCGAUCGCGAUUCUAUUUCAAAAGCGAACACUAUUCGGCAGACACAAGCCGGGCGAGCCGGACAGCGAGCUGGAGGAUGCAGCACUUUCGUCAGUUACACCUGCAGAUCCGCGAAGUCAGACCAUGGGCAAGGCUCGGGAACUUCCUGAACUUCCUCCAGGAAUGAUUCUGCCGCCUGCUGCUAGCAAACGAACUGAGUAG